UCUGUUGGUAACGGCACUGCUGAUAGCACCAUGAUCCGGUGGGGAAGCAAUGUUUCCUUUUCAUGCAAUGAGGGCUUUUUGCUAAAGGGUGAUGCCACAUCAACUUGCACAGUUCAUGGGAAUCUCACUUCAUUACCGCACUGUGAAGCUGUAUCCGGCAACCAAAAAGAAGGAAAUGUCGCGACAGCGGGUCUUAUUGUUGGAGUAACGUUUGGUCUGGUUAUCCUGCUGGGGAUUAUUGCAUUUGUUGUGUAUCCGAAAAAAAGCAAGAAUACGGCAGUCACACUUGUCAGCCGCGUCAAAGUCAGGCAAAAGCUCUUAUCCCAAACCUACUCUGUUAGUCCGUCAAGUGUCCGCAAUACAAAUCUAGCCAUGCUUGAUUAUAAAUGCAGUGUUGAAACACAGAUGAGUCAGCCAAGCAACACGAAUAAUGACAGCGAGAAAGUCACGGCAGGCUCCCCUUUCGCCUUUGAUUCUUACUACUCCACACCGGACUUACAUUGUUCUACUUGAUAAUUUUGUUGUUCUCUCCAACUGAUUUCUUCGUUGUGUUCGAACUGUUUUAAAAUUAAUUUCGUUUCUUUCUUGCUAUGUGCCAGCUGCCGAAGUUUGCAGUCGCAGAACUAUGUCUUAUGUCAUUAUUGAUCAUGUGAUCACGAGCGAUUGGGCUAGCGCUAGGACGGCAGAUCUGGUAGUUGGUUGUACGCAUGCAUACGUGUAGCGUGACUUGCCUGCAACAGUUUUCUGUGAUCUGAUGUUUGCAGUGGAAUCGCACUUGUAGAGUCUACUUUUGACCUCUUCACACUUCUCUUUUUGGCAAUGCGUGUCAUGAACUCUGCGAACCUUUCUGCUGAUCCCGCGCGGGGUUCUCACGGACCGUGCGGCGCAGUACGGAAGUUUGCACUUGUUUCUUUUCUUGUGUCCUUUAUAGUUUCCUAGCACCUUUUCGGGACUGUUCCUCUGGGCAAGAGGUAGCCUUUUCAUGGUGGCUUUCUUGUUCAUGGUGGAGUUUUUUCUUUGGUGCUCGCAGAGUUUGUUUCUUCUUUCUUGUACUUCCU